AUGGAAAAUCUAUCGGAAAAGCAAAUGUGGUUGGAUGCACCAACAAAAUUGCUUAUAAGCAAUUUAGUUGAGCUGCAACCCAAAGUGGGUAAAUCGGCAGCUUUAAAAAACAAGAAAAAGUUGUGGGAUUUGAUAUCAGAGGAACUAAAAUCAAAUGGAUACAUGUUUACACCAAUACAGGUUGAAACAAAAUUUAGGAGUUUAGAAAGACAAUAUAAAAAAACCAAGCUUAACAACAAAUUAACGGGACGAUCGAAAAUGACUUGCCCGUAUGAAAGUGAACUAGGGGAUCUCUUUGGAGACAAAAGAGGUCUUAAUCCAGACUAUAUCCUAAAUAAUAAAGAACUUGAGGGAGUUUGUAGAAAUGAAUCUAAAAGUUAG